AUGUUGCCUGGAUGCAUCAUCUCCUUUUUUCUGUUCACCGCAGUUUUUGCUGCCCCACCAUUCUUCACCAGGGAUGAACCUAAAGCAUAUGUUGCGGGAUUCUCUGGCGUCGUCGAGGGCAGUGUAAAGUUCACAUCUACUGGAGGAGGUGCCGGCGUAUCUAUCGACUACAAACUUUUUGUACCGAACAACUUGCUUGGCCCUUUCUCAUACCAUAUUCACGAAAAUCCCGUCCCGGCGGACGGAAACUGUGCUGGAACUGGUGGGCAUUUUGAUCCAUUCAAGCCCAACUCGCCGCGCACGGGUUGCGAUAGGUCAAAGUCUUGGACGUGUGAGAUUGGUGAUCUAUCUGGGAAACUCUACCCAUUCCCGCAGAGCACAACUGAUUCACCAUCUCUUACUGCGACUUUACGUGACCCUUGGAUCUCUGUGAUUCCAGGAAAUGCCGCUUUCAUUGGUGGUCGUUCUAUCGUGGUUCAUAACAUCAAUAAGGAUCGUAUUGGUUGUGCAACUCUGGUACCUUUGUAA